GACACGCUAGGCGGACAUUGUCGCCUCGAUGACGCAAAGGGGGAAGUUGUGAAUAAGUUUUGUGUCGUUCCGGCCGCAACUUCCGCAGCUCUAUAGUUUACAGAAGGGCUCUCUAGGCGACCAUCUGCGUUCCUUCUCUAUGGCUCGGCGCUCCCGGACCAGGAGGGUGCCGAGGAUUUCGUUCCCUUGACCGAGAGGCCGUGGCGGUGGCGGGGGGCGGGGCGAUCGAACCGAUGGAGCCGGGGAUGGAGGUGGAGACGCUGGAGUCGAGGAUCAACAAGGCGACAAAUCCUCUGAACAAGGACCUAGAGUGGGACAGCAUCAAUGCUUUCUGUGAUCAGCUUAAUAAGGAGCUAGAAGGCCCACCCCUUGCUACCCGGCUUCUAGCCCACAAGAUCCAGUCUCCGCAAGAAUGGGAAGCCAUUCAGGCUCUCACAGUGUUGGAGGCCUGUAUGAAAAACUGUGGCAAGCGCUUCCACAAUGAGGUGGGCAAGUUCCGCUUCCUGAAUGAGCUCAUCAAGGUGGUGUCACCUAAGUAUCUUGGCAGCAGGACUUCAGAGAAAGUGAAAUCUAAAAUCCUGGAGCUGAUGUAUAGCUGGAUGUUGGGGCUGCCGCAUGAAAUAAAGAUUACAGAGGCCUAUAAGAUGCUGAAGAAGCAAGGGAUUGUGAAAUGUGAUCCCAAAUUGCCAGAUGAUGCACCCUUUCCACUGCCUCCCCCUAGGCCAAAGAAUGUGAUCUUUGAUGAUGAAGAAAAGUCCAAGAUGCUGGCUCGCCUGCUCAAAAGCUCCCACCCUGAGGACCUCCGAGCUGCCAACAAGCUUAUCAAAGAGAUGGUUCAAGAGGAUCAAAAGCGAAUGGAGAAGAUCUCCAAGAGGGUGAAUGCCAUUGAGGAGGUGAACAACAAUGUGAAGCUGUUGACAGAGAUGGUGACGAACUACAGCAAGGGCGAGACAACUGAGAGCAACGAGGACCUCAUGAAGGAGCUGUACCAGCGUUGUGAGCGCAUGAGACCCAUGCUUUUCCGGCUUGCCAGUGACACAGAGGACAAUGAUGAGGCUUUAGCAGAAAUUUUGCAAGCCAACGACAACCUCACCCAAGUGAUCAACCUAUAUAAGCAGGUUGUGAAAGGAGAGGAGAUAAAUGGCGAGACUGUGGGUGGUUCCCUCCGAGGCAGCACCUCAGCCCUUCUGGACCUCUCGGGAUUGGACAUGCCAUCCGUUGCACCCUCAUACCCAGCCGUACCAACUUUCUCAGGUGGCUCCAUAGCUCCUGUGCCAGAGCUGUCUAGCUCUGCGUGCUUGUUGGACGAUGAACUCAUGUCCUUAGGGCUGAACGACCCAGCACCACCCGCAGCCCAGGGUACGGAUAAUGGUGGUUGGAACAGUUUCCAGGCUGGUGGAUCUUCUGUUGGGGAAAAGGGGGAGGAGUGGAGCCUCAGUCAAACCAGACCCAGAGAAGAAGCUUCACUGCAGUCGUCUGACAGUCCUGAAGUUGGCGCUCAUUCUCUCACCAUGGGGAAAGCUGACACCGGACUGCCUGCCUCAACGCCUCCCACUACCACCAGUGGCCUGGAUGACCUGGACCUGCUGGGCAAGACUCUGUUGCAACAGUCCCUUCCACCAGAGUCUCAGCAAGUCAGAUGGGAGAAGCAGCCGCCACCACGGUUAACAUUGCGUGACCUCCAAAACAAGAGUGCCUCCUGUCCAUCUGUGACCACCAACAGCACCCCACCCCUCUUCCAGAGUCUCUCCUCAAACCUUGCUGCACCUGUGCCCCUGCCGUCAGAGCAACCUGCUCCUGUUGUGGUUCCUCGAGCGCCCCCUGCACCUUCUGCAACUGCACUUCCCGCAGCAGGCCUUCCUGCUUCAAAAGCUCCCCCAGAAAUCUCACUGACAAAUGUCACUGUGCCCUUGGAAUCUAUCAAGCCAAGCAAUAUCCUCCCGGUGACUGUAUAUGAUCAACAUGGUUUCCGUGUCCUCUUCCACUUCGCCAAGGACUCUCUGCCUGACCGGCCUGAUGUGCUAGUGGUAGUCAUCUCCAUGCUCAGCACAGCCCCUUUGCCCAUUAAGAACAUCAUCUUUCAGUCUGCUGUCCCAAAGGUCAUGAAGGUGAAAUUGCAGCCUCCCUCUGGAACGGAGCUCCCGCCUUUCAACCCCAUUGUGCCCCCCACUGCAAUCACCCAGGUCCUCCUGCUUGCGAACCCGCAGAAGGAGAAAGUGAGACUACGAUACAAGCUGACUUUCGCCAUGGCAGAUCAGACCUACAAUGAAAUGGGAGAUGUGGACCAGUUCCCCCCUCCAGAGUCAUGGGGAAAUCUCUAGGGCUGCAGCGGGAGUGCUGCGUCUGACUUCUAAGGAUUCUGCCCCCCUAGGACAAGAGCCCACCCAAAGCUGGCUAGCACUCAGGCUCUGUCCUCAGACUAGAAUACUGGCUGCCAACAGUAUGCUCUGUGUGUGGAGGACAGCAGGCAAAUGCGACGGGAGGGGGUGCUUGUUUUGAGGGUUGGUGGAGCUGCUGGAAUGGCUUGAGUGAGUUGCUCUCUGUCCUGCGACCUGACUUUCGGAGCCCCCACCCUCACCCUGCUUUCCCAGUUGUGCUUUUCCUUUCACGGAAAGGCGCUGAUGACUAGCUCAGGCUGACUCUGAGAAACCUGGCCCCAGGGAUAGACUCUUCAGACCUCUUUUCUUUCUUGACCCUUCGGUUCUUUGGCCCUCCAUGAGCAAACCUAAAGUGCUGGUCUCAAUGAGUGGGUGCAGGGAGCGAUGCCCCUCGUUGUGCUUGUCUGCCCCCAGGACGCAAGGCUUGAUUGGUGGGUUUGCGUGGGCAAAAAAGUCUUGCUGUUUGUCAUAGGGGCUCUCACUGGCUCAUUCCUGUUUCCAAGGGCGGCAGAACCUUGAGCUUGCGGGGUAGGUGGGUCUUUCACACUCACAAGGUGCUCAUUGCUCUAACAAAAUGGCCUGGGGCUGAUUCUCCCUUAGCACACAUGUUGAGCAGAAUCUGAGUAAGAAGUCAGGGAGGAAGGUAGCCUCAUGUGUCUGCUCCAACAUGCCUUAUACAAGAAGGACUAGUGUUGUGGCCUUACAGUGCAGUUAUGAGGCAGGGGUUGGACUUUCGUGGCCGUGGCAGCUGGCUGGGGUGACUUGAGCGUGGCUGUCCCACUCCAUAGCUUCCUUGAUCAGGACAGGAAACUGAUGUUCCAAGUGGCUAUUCAGAAAGAAAUUGGAAGGAGGGGUGGCUCACUCAUUGACGCUGGCUAUGGAAUGUGGCAACCCAACACCACUCCAUAUCACAAAUCCCAGCAGUUAAGACUGUGUGGCACAGAAGGGGGUUGUGGAAGAGGAAAGAUCGGCACAGCCAGCUCGGUUUCUCCACACAUCCUUGCCAGCUGUAACCACUCCUUUUCUCCUUCUCACAAGCGGACGUGCUCACUGGGCGCGAGCGAAGAAGGAUGCAACCUAUAUGACUAACCUUAUUCUUGUGUCAUGAGCAAACCACCUCUGGGAAUGCCUGGCCUUGGCUUGCAGUUUGCCAGGUGGCUCUGCAAGAGUGGGAAUUGGGCUUCAAGGGACAGGAGCUGCACGCAGGACUCAAGGGCUGACCUGACAUUUUUACCCACACGGGAUUGCGCACCUCUUUUUGGUGGGAAGGCCUUUCUGAAGUGGGGAUUCUGCUGUGACUGGAUGCUUUUACUUUCUGGUCCCUCUGUCAAGGUUAUCCCCCCCCCCUCCUUUCUCUCUCUAGAUUCAGUUUGGUUCUUGAACAGACUUCUGGAUAUUUUUGGUGCAAAUUCUGCACAUGGAAAAGGACUUUAAAAUAGACUGUGUGUGAAAUCUGCUGUAUUAAUGGGAAAUAAAGAGAUUUCUUCCCUAAA